AUGACUGACCAACCAACUCCAAAGUGGGUGACCAAGGAGCGUUUCAGCAGCCUGCUGGAACAGAGUAAUCCAAACUUCAAGGCGAUAGUUCAAUUUGUUCCAACAUCGGCGAUUAGCAAGGGCGAAAAUUAUUUGACGAUUGUGCUGCGAAUACAAAUUGAAAUGCAGCUAAAAGAUGAUAGCUUAGAAGAUAUCAGCUACAUACUGAAGAUUCCCUUGGUACCGGAAGAUCAGGAAAACGACUUCCACGACAUGUUCGAUGCCGAACAGGACAUGUACGAUCAUCUGAUACCUGAAUUGGAGGACCUUUAUGCCAAGAAUACUUCCAUCUCCCCGAAGUUCAAGCCUGUGCAUUUGAGGUUUCCGGGUGACCCGAUAAAAAGCGACUACAUUCUGCUGGAGGAUCUGCGUCAGAGGGGCUAUAGGAAUGCCGACAGGACCCAGGGAUUGGAGCAGUUUGAAGUGGAGGCGGUCCUCAAGAAGUUGGCCCAGUGGCAUGCAGCAUCUGCAAAAAGAGUAGUCGCGCUGGGGGAAUACGAGAAGGACAUCCGCGAGAGUUACUUUACCACUGAGCACCAGAAAUUGCUGGAUGAAUUCAACAUCAAUUUCUGUAUGCCCUUCCUGGAGUGUAUGCAGCAAUAUAAUCUGGAGCCAGGACAGCUCGUCCUCAUAAGCGACUACACCUCCCAAUUGACGGAUCUGAAUAUCGAGUUUGGCAAGAACGAUCCUCUUGAGUUGAGUGUGUUAAACCACGGUGAUUUUUGGUGCAACAACUUUAUGUUCAAGUACAAGAACGCCUCAGAGGUGGAGGACGUAUGCUUUGUGGACUUUCAGCUACCAAAAUAUGGCACACCCGCCCAAGACCUUCUGUGCAUGCUGAUGACCUCCCCGAAGUUUUCGAUCAAGCUGGAAAAGUUCGACUAUUUCAUAGAGUAUUAUCACCAGCAGCUGGUCGAACACCUCGCCAUGCUCGAUUACAAUCGGAAUGCACCGACACUGGCUCAGUUCCACGCCCAUCUACACCGAUAUAGUCUCUGGGCUUUUAUAUGCGCCCAGCGAAUGCUGCCCAUAGUUCUGCUCCCGCCCGAUGUUGGUUCGCAUAUAGGCAAUAUAAUGGGAAACUCGGAGGAGGCGAUCGCGUUCAAGCGCAAGAUGUUCCUUCUGCCGGCUUACGUGGAUCAGAUAAAAGUCAUUUUGCCGUGGCUCAUUAACCGGGGUUACAUAAGAUAGACGGCGUGCAAUGGACAAACAGGUUUCAAGAGAACGCAUAGUGCAAUAAAAAUAUUCUAUUCAAUUAAGACAAACAACUUGUGCACAAAAUAGCUCAAGUGUUAAAGUGUUAGUAAAUAAAAGAGCUUUUUAUUAAUAAA